AUGACUCAUGGCAUUCUACAGUGCAUUCCUCCUAUCAACGCUGUAGCUGCUGCUAUAGCUGCCGCUACAGCGUUGAUAGGAGGAGAGCACUGCGUAGAAUGCCAUGAGUAUGGUAGUACAUGUACCCUUUCGUGGACGUCUGACCUGGGCCCCACUUCACAUUCCUCGAGGCAGAGCGCGUGCCCCGCCGCCGCCGCAGAGACGAUGGAGAGCUUCCUGAGCGACGCAGCGGCGGACGAGCGCGCCCAGGCCGCGCAGCAGCGGCAGCAGUCCGACUUCUUUGUGCGGUUUCCGCACCUGCGCGAGUUCUUCUGCGGCGGCACGGCGGCUGCCAUCAACAUUGUCGUCACCUUCCCACCCAACAAGGUCAUGUUCCGGCAACAGUUAUUCGGCUUAAACACGUGGCAGGCCUUUGAGAACGUGCGCAGCGAGGGCUGGAUGAUGCUCUACCGAGGCGUAAAGCCCCCGCUGCUGCAGGCCAUGGUGUCCAAGUCCAUCAUGUUCGGGCUCUACAACUUCUACGACGAGUUGCUGACCAGCCAUUUCGGAGAGAUCAAAGGCUUGAACCUCGUGGCUGCGGGCAUGGCAGGCACGUCCGAGGCCGUUUUAGCACCGUUCGAGAGAGCCCAGACGCUGUUGCAGACGCCCAAGUUCAAUCGGGAGAUCGCGGGGGCGUACGAUGCCAUAGUCCACGUCAACAAGUACGGGCUGAAAGAGCACUACCGAGGUCUGACGGCGAUUUUGUGUCGCAACGGACCCGGAAAUAUUUUAUUUUUCGGGUUGAGAGGACCGCUUAGAGAUCUCUUCCCGCGAGGAGACACGGCCGCUGCGACGAUGACCAACGACUUCAUCUGCGGCGCCAUGCUGGGCGCUGUCAUCAGCACGUUUACUUUCCCGAUCAACGUGGCACGGACACGUAUGCAGAGUGUGUAUGGUCAGCCGUUCAUCGGCCCGCUUGAAGCCUUGCAGCUCACCUAUGCUGAGCGCGGCCACAGCGUGAGGCGGUUGUAUCGUGGCGUGCAAAUGAACUUCUUCCGGUCACUACUGUCGUGGGGCAUCAUCAACUCUACAUACGAGAAGCUGAAAUCAAUCACAUAA